AGGUCACUAUCACAUGACAAAGGCUUUGAGACAGCUUCGUCUUCGUCUGUCUGUAAUUUCCAUUUGCCUUCCUGGCUAAGGACUGAAGGUGCCUCUUAGAUACAUGUCUGCAGUUGCAGUGAGACUGAAUUAACAUCACGGUACUCCAGAGCAGGGAAAAGGCUGAACCAAAUAGUUCCUGAGGAGGAGAUGUCUGUGUUCCUAAUACCCGGAGUGAGGUCUUCCCCAUCUUGGUCACUUUCUAAGUAAUUUUAAUGCUCAUAAAGUACCAGAGUAACAAGCCAGGAGAAGUCAUCCUGUCAUGUCAGUUCAGGAGAAGAGAGAUAUACUGAUGGAGUCACAGUAAUGAAAGGCAGUAGUAGGAAUAAGGAUCAUUCGACAGAAGGAGAAGGAACUGGGAAGCGACCAAAAAGAAAGUGUCUUCAGUGGCAUCCCCUGCUUGCCAAGAAACUCCUUGACUUCUCUGAAGAGGAGGAGGAAGAAGAGGAGGAGGAAGAUAUUGAUAAGGUGCCACUCCUUGGCGCUGAUGGUUUAGAGCAGGAUGCUGAUGAAACCGAAGAUGACGAGUCCUCAGAGCAACGAGCUCGCCGACCAAUGAAUGCAUUUCUCUUGUUCUGCAAACGCCAUCGCUCGCUCGUGCGAAAAGAACAUCCUCGCCUCGAUAAUCGUGGCGCAACCAAGAUUUUGGCAGAUUGGUGGGCUGUUCUAGAUCCAAAAGAAAAGCAGAAAUACACUGACAUGGCCAAGGAGUACAAAGAUGCAUUUAUGAAGGCAAAUCCAGGAUAUAAGUGGUGCCCCACAACGAACAAACCAGUGAAAACGCAAACAUCCACUGUCACAAAUAGGAAAAAACUAUGGGCCUUUGCAUCCGACUCCACAAAAGACAUACCAAGCCCGAGGAAAGGGAGUAAAAGUGAAGAAAUGCCACAGCUUAACUUCGGGAUGGCAGAUCCUACACAAAUGGGAGGCCUGAGUAUGCUGCUGCUAGCAGGGGAACAUGCCCUGACUGCACAGGAGAUUUCCUCGAGUACUUGCCAGUCUGAUGCAACUAAUUCUACAGAAGCCUGUCAGAAGUCAUCAUUAUUUCAGUUCGCAGAGAUCUCUUCAAGCACAUCACAGCCCGGAGUCCCAGGAGCUGUAAGACAAACUGAGGAGUCUGCAUUGUUUCAGUUUGCUGAGAUCUCAUCAAAUACUUCCCAGUUGUCAAGUCCUGAGCCAAUAAAGUACUGUGGGAAGUCGGCACUCUUCCAGUUGGCAGAGAUUUCUUCAAGUACAUCCCAUUCAGGUCCUUCUGAUUUAACAAAACAGUGUGGAACAUCAGCAUUAUUUCAGCUGGCAGAGAUGUGCCUUGCUUCGGAAGGAGUAAAAAUGAAAGAACCUGGGAAAACAAAAGUGGAAGCACCAGAAGAUGUGAGAGACGAAGUUCUAGAGGAAAUGGAAGUAGACCUGGAGCAAAAACCAGUGAAAGACUCCUGUAAAGGAAAACUAGAACAAUCAGAGACAGAGCAAAUGCAAAACCGGAACGAGACAAAAGCUGAGGAAUCACAAACUGUAAAAUGCAGAGAUUUUACUAGUCUUGCAAUGGAGAACAGUCCUUUUGAGAGAAAUGAUAACACAAAGGAUCACAUGUGCUGUUCUCCAGAGCUUUCAAUUGCUGACAUGAAUAUCCUUGGGCUAAAACCAGAAAAGAUAAAGAAGAAAAAGAAAAAAAAUAAGUUAGACCGGCACACAAAUGAAAAAUCCACCCCCAAGAAACCUUGUAAAAAGAGACAGUCUUCAGAGUCGGACAUUGAAAGCGUAAUGUAUACAAUUGAAGCCGUUGCAAAGGGGGACUGGGGUGCUGAGAGACUCGCGGAGCCUCCCCGCAAAAAAACUCGCCCUGUCUCAAAUGCGAAGGGAAGCGUGUUGGAUACAAAAUCACCAAAGAAAAAAGUGAAAUCGAAAGAGAAGAAAACAUCAAAGGAGAAACCCACGGAGACCACCAAAGAAUCAAAGCCUCCUGAUUUCCUUAGUAUUGCAGCCAGCAAGGAAGUACCGUGUGAGGCUUCUGAUAACAUUAAAGUGGAACCACUGACCCCAACAGAGGAGGUGGUACCCCAGAACUUACCAGGACAGGUCAAAACUGAGGACAGUGACUGUGUUAAAAAGAUAGAAACCUGUGGCUCCAGGAAAUCAGAGAGAUCUUGCAAAGGUGCUCUUUAUAAAACUCUGGUGUCAGAGGGCAUGCUCACAUCUCUGCGUGCUAACGUGGACAGAGGAAAAAGAAGCUCAGGAAAAGGCAACUCCUCAGACCAUGAAGGAUGCUGGAAUGAAGAAAACUGGGCUUUUUCCCAAAGUGGGACAAGUGGGAACAAAAAACUGAAAAAGCCUAAGCCAAAGGAAGAGUUUGUUUUCGGCUUAGCAAAGUUGGAAGAAGAAUUUGAAAAGAAAUUCAACAGCCUUCCUCAAUACAGUCCCAUUACCUUUGACAGGAAAAAUUCAGCUGUUCCGAGGAAAAAGAGGAAGGUUGGAAGCAGCUCAUCUGAACAACCAAAAUCCAGCAAAGGUUCAUUCCAGUCUCAGAAAAAGAACUUAUUCCACAAAAUUGUCAGCAAAUGUAAACACAGAAAGGAGAAGCUUAAUGUUCCGGACAAAGCCAUACUCUCAGAAGACAGAAAUUCCAGUGAGUCUGCCUGGAAGAAUAAAAUUUCUGUAUCUGCCCUAAACACUCCAGAGCCAGCAAUGAUGCAUGAGCCUUUAGUUGGCAGCCAGAAGAGGAAAGCAAGAAAAACUAAGAUCACACAUCUUGUCCGAACAGCAGACGGCCGAGUGUCACCAGCAGGAGGGACAUUGGAGGAGAAGCCAAAAGAGCCGCCACAAAGUACUCUUCAAAAAACAUCAAGUGCAGAAACAGAUUGCAACAGUGAAUGCUCCAGAAAUGCAGAGACAGAAGAAAAUCAUAGUAUUACAUCAGAUAUGCCAGCAGUGUCUGCAUUUUUUAGCUUAGCUGCUCUGGCAGAAGUAGCAGCCAUGGAAAAUGUACACAGAAGUCAGAGGACCACACCUCUCCCACAUGAUGGACAGCCAAAUGAAAUGUCUCAGGCUCCAGUGCUUAUUUCCUGCGCUGACCAGUGAAGCUCCACUUUAUUGUAAAACAUUGUGCUUUACCUAAUAUCCUAGCCUUGUCUUUACCAAGGGAAGCUAGUCAGUCCAUAUGAUGGAAACUAUAGACUGCAAGCAAGUGUUUAUUGUUAUGAGUGGCCCAGAAUUCACUGGAAGCCAGACGUUAGCAACUUGGGCCAGGUCCUCAAAUUGGAACCCAGUAUGUAGGAGGGUGAUAUUAAUUGUCUAUGACUGAACAGAAAUUAAAUGAUCCCAGAGCUUGCUUUCUAUUGAAGGCUUUUAAACAGUAAAUAGGUGGUUGGUGUGAAGAAGGCUGCCUUUACUGUUAGCUCACACAGCAUCUCUUUUACCAACCAGAGAGUAUGGCAACUAGUUUCGUAUAAUACCUAGUUAUUCUAAAUGAAAAUAAAAAAAAAGAAAAAAAAAACAACAAAAACACUGACGCACUGCACUAGUUAUUAUUAGAUAUUCUUAGUCAUUUUUGUACAUGAAGAUUUAAGUUCUAAGAUGGUUUAUAUUAAUAGGUUAUGCCUACGUUUAUAUUGUAGAAUGAAUUUAAAAUCCUGUUCCAGAGAACUCAAGGCAGCCUGGACAGAUGUACCAUUGUUAGCGGUGUUUGGGCAGCCAUGUGGUCCAGAUGUUCUGCACUUUUAUAUUUGCCACCAGAGUGGUAGAGUUUACUGGGAAAAAUUCUGACAGGCUAUGUUUGGGUUUGUUUCUUUUUAAUUUAGCUUUGAAUAACCAGGAUGAUGUGCAUUAGAAAAAGGAGUGGUGUAUGGAAAAGAAAAUACUGCAGAUAUUGACUUGUCUUUCAUGCCUUGGAGGUUUCCUUUAUUUUUGCGUAGAUAUCUGAGCGACUUGGUGAAACUUUCCUGUAAACAAAAAGUACUGCAAAUGCGUUUUUCAAAAGUGACCUUAGUAUUAUUUCACCGUUCUGAAAAACCUAAACCCGUGACUUUUCAAUAUACAUGUACACCAAUACACAUAUGUUUUACAUUUUACAGACACUGGCAUUGUUGUAGUUACUAUGCACAGUCCAGAUCAGCUUCAGAGUUUGCGGAAAGGGCCAAUUACAGUUGGUGUUGGUAAAGUGGCAAGUUGUAUACAGACGAACUACAACCGAAGAGUAACAUUUGACUGAAUUCAGACUACCAAACAGAUCCAUCUGCCAGUUUCUGUCUUUGCUUAUGUUGAAUUUUUGUGUUUCGCGCUCAUAAAUACAUCCCAGAAGCAGGCCAAGUGUAUCACUUGGCCUGUUAUCUUUGCUACCUUGACUUACACUAUUGUAUAACCAAGCAUUGAUUCCUACCAAUAGAUGCAAAAUGAUCACUAGUAAUUGAUCUGAAGCUACAAAUUCAACAGGGUACUUCUUCUAUAGCACAAGAUGUUUCCCUACUUUUUGCAUUGUAGCACAACAAUUUACCAAAUUGGACUCCAGCAAUAAUUUUCUAUUAGUCUUCGUCAUACCGGCUGAACUUUUGAUAGUAUUAGAUUGAGUUUGAAGUUCUUUGAAUUAAGUCUUUAAAUGAUGCGAGUUUACAUCAUUCUAUCAGGCAUUCUUAUUUAUACUUGACUGAACUGAUAAUGUGUUUUGGGGUUAUUUUAUAACUAAUUUGAUGAAAUAGCCAUAUGGACGGUAACUCUAUUAAUGCUUGCUAGGUUUAGCCUUUCAUUGUUGUAGUUAAGUGAAAGUCUUUGGUUCAGUGUCAGGAAACGAUAUACAACAUACCACACAAGUUGUAACAAAGGAUUAAAGGUCUGACAAAAGGCAGGUGGCUGGGGAAGUGUCACUGAAACAGCACCAUCGAGGAUGCAUGUGUUGGAAGAAGGGAACAACAACAAAAGAACAUCAACAUUUUUGAACCAAUGAGUCAGUGAAAAGGCUUUUAAAAAAUUCAGGUGAAUAUAUGACUAAGAGCCCCAAGAAUGCCAUUGCAGUCUAUGGCAGUAUUUUUAAUAAGAUUUUAUUAAAGUUUUAUAAGUUAUUUUAACAAGACAGGAAAAAAUUUAAACUGUUGGGUCACAGCAAGGUGGCUGUUGGAGUUUUGGACCACUUUAUAAUUAGCUGAAAUCCAAAUAUGUUACAGUGCAGACCGUUCACGUUGACAAUGGUACUAACUUAUUUCUCUAGAAGCCUUUAGAGUAGAUAUAUUUUUGUCAAAGUACCCCAUCCUUCCUCGAUUUAAAUUUCAAUAUUGUUCCUGAAGAUAUUUCUGUAUAUUAAUGGUACCUUUUUUAAAAGAAACAGAAAAUUACUUUUUUCUAUAUGAAUUAAUAUCUUACUUGAUCUGCUUUUCCUUGACUUUCCCUUAGAGAGGGGGUAGGAUUGGGUCAGUUUACUGGAUAUGACUGUUUUCAGAUACUUAUAAACCUUUUUGUAGAUAUGCUUAAUUUUUAAGCGAUUAGGCACUGAGAGUAGCAGAAAUCCUGCAAAGCUUUAUAGUUCACUAGGCAUUUGCCUUUGUUGGUUCUCUGAGUGAUGUCUUGAUUUCAGUAGCUAGAAUUUUCCCUGAAUCUACUAGAAGGGGUAUCAGUAUUUUCAGGUAACAAAGUCUGUUAGCACAACAAAAAUUUCAGACCAAUAUCUUACUGUAUUGGGGUUGGGUUUUUUCCUUGUUUGUUUUGUUUUAAUUUUUAUUAAUUUCAGCUGCUUCCAUUUUGGAAAAUCUUAUUGCUAUUGUGUGUACUUCAGUAUACCAGCAAACACUGUUACCCGUUAACACAUUGUCCACAAAUGCCUCUAGAGAAGAAAUAUUGCACCUUAUGUAUAUCUCAAGCAAACCAAAAUAUGAUGCUUUUCUCCUUUGUUUAUUCUGAAUAUGUUGUAUCAUACUUUACUGAACCCAUUUUAACUUAGCUAAAGCUAUCGAUAUUUAUGCAUUUCACAUUAUUUUCUGGAUCUGAACCUGUGUAUAAAUCUUUCUUUAAGAAAAAAAAAAAAAAGAAAAGCAUUUUACCAUAGUUGUCCUCUGUGACUUAUCCAUGGGAGGGGGGAAUCUUGUCUCAAGUGUAAAAUGCAGUACUGUCCCAGUUUUCCUUGGCUUUUAUUUAUUUAGUGAUCUUUGAUAUUUCAUAUGUAGUUUUGAGGUAUACAAAAUACAUUGUCGUAGCCGAAGCUACAGAUCUAAGCAGCUGGGAGAAAAUUACUGUAAUGUCUUCUUAAUUGUUCUAGUACUGUAUACAAAUAUGGGAAAAAUGUUCUGCAGAACAUUUGAGAUGCAGAUUCUUAUCCCCACAGUAGGUUAUUUUCCAGAUAUUAGACCAAAUCAAUCAAAACUCUAUGAUCUUAAAGGUCUUUUUGAAUCUGAACGAUUCUAUGAUUCUAAAAACAUCUAUGGAAAUUACUUAAUGCUCUGCUUAUGGCAGUAACUACCCCUUGAAUGUGCUGUGAUUUCAGAAAUAGAAUAUAUUUAUUUAAGAUGACUGAAUGCUCUUUUAUACUAAUACAAUAUCCCAAAGUCAUGAGCAAGAGACUUCUUGGUAGUUUGGGUUUCUAUUUUAUAGCAUUGGUGCAUGACUUUUAAAGUGAUAAGCGUUGUUGGAAAGGGGCACAGGAACGAGGGACUGGUAGAAGUGUGUGAACUCGUGGUGUGUAAAUUCCAGCUUUGGUCUUCAUUAUUUGAGUGAAAGCUGUCUUUGUAGCACAAGGCUGAAGAGCACUCUGCGGUGUGUAUCAAGUAGAAACCGAAGAGAGUUGUAACUCACAUCAGACAGAGGGAAUGCCUUAUAGUUUGGAUGCUGUCUUUUGGAACAGGAUAUUAAAUUGAAGCAGCUUGGAUUUCUACUGCCUGUUAAGCUACUGUACGGAUACUGAACAGACUGAAGGCAGCAGUUGUAGACGUGGGACAGCUAAGAGAGGAUGUAAGGAAAGCUGGCCUUUGUUCUCAGUAUGGCAAAGUUACGGCAACAAAGGGGAAUAGGGAAAAAAAGAUAGAUAGAUGUAUAUAUAUGUAUGUGUGCGUAUGCGUGUGUGCCUGGGUGUGUACGUUCUGGGAAAAAAAAAAAUGUAGGAAAAACAAAAACAUGAUGGGUCUACAAGAGACUGUAAUGUAUGUUGACCCUUUGAGUGCACUCCCUUUUUUGAAUGCUGAGUCUAAUAUGGCUACCUCUCCUAAAAGACUACUUUUGUUAACUUCCAUUUGCUUUCAGGCUUGAUCAUGUAAUCUUUUCGGCCAUUGAUACCAUUUGUAUAUCGCUGUGUGCUUUACUUUCAAAGAGCAAUGUUUAUGUGUCACAGACAAGGUAAAGGCUGAAUAUACAGUGGUAGCCAAACUAUGUUGCUGGAGCAUUUUUGUUUAACCUCUGCCAUAGUGAUAUGGGUUGCAGGAUGUGGGCCUGCAAGCUCUGGUUGGUUCAGUGAGAUGGGUUUUCGUAACAGCAGAAAAUGCAGUGCUCGUGGGGUGGUAGACUUCAGAUAUUGCCAGAGGUGAUGCAGUAAGCCAAAUACUGCUCUUGAAACUUAUUCUGGAGUUUAUGUUUGCAAUCCUCAUUUCACAAGGAAACAUAACUGUGCAACUUGUGUGUUGUAUACCAUACGUUAUCCAUUAGAUGCCGUUUGUUUGCUGUGCUUGUUUGAUAGAUUGUAGAGUUCCUAGGUAUCUUUGCCAUGUUUUGUAAUACUUGUGGCAUUCUCCUUACCUUGUACAUAUUGUGGAACUGUCACCUACAGCUGCCAGGAUGCUGAGGCACUUCAGGACUCUGAGCGCCGUGAAUGAGUGCAUUUAGGCUCUGAGAGAGUUACUUGCAUCCUCCCUUGAAUUCCCCAAUAAAAAGGCACAGUGAGGUUCAUGCUCUCACCUAAGUACUAUUAUAGUCAUUUAUAUACUCAGUAUUUUCUACUGAAUUGACAACUUUGAAGAAGCUUAUGAGAUGGAUGUGUAUUUUAUGUUCCCCCGCUAAUUCUUCUAAGGCAGAACUCUAGGAAGACUUGACAUGAGGUCUCCACUCAGGAACACACCUAAGUUUACGCUGAAAACCAUCCUCACUUGAGGGGCAGCAUUGUUGUUUGCACUGUGACAGUGCAGGAGCCCCAAUUAUGGACCACUACACUCUUAGAGUUAAGCUUGGGCUUGCGUGAUGUUUCUGGGGGAGGCACAUCAUUGUGACCUAGGGCCUUCAUUGACAUGGAAUUUUAAAACCGACUGCAAAUAGCUUAACAUUUGUUGAGUUCUUCCAAAUAAUUAUAUUUCUGGGUCUUGACUGUUACCGUAUACCAACAGACCCACACUGUACUCUACUGGAAAGAAACGCACCCGUACAGGCUAACUAACAAGGCUUCCAAAUGUAACGGUCUCAUCUACUCUUUCCACACCUACAACUGAAACCUUAUUUUCCCGCAUACACUGCUAUGCUUUAAUCAGUAGUUGGGGCUUUUAAGGUGGCAAAAGCAAGAGAGGCAUAUGUGUGCAUGUGUCUAUGUGUAUGCAUACAUAUGCAUGCACACACACACAUCGGAGUGAAGUUGACUUGCAACAUGUUCUCUGUACAAAAGUGUUCCCACGUUAGGUCAUAAAACAACAUGAGGAUUCUCAGAUGAUAGUUUUCCAACUUUCUUGCUAGGUUUCGCUCUCUUUCCUUCACAUUACACCAUAAGGUGUGAUUUUCAAAAAUCACACCUGAAAAACACCACAGAUCCUGCUGACCCUGGGUGCUACGGAAACCUUUCUCAGCAGUGCUUGCUUUUAAUAACCUGUAUCUGUUGACAGUUUUAACACAACUGAUUUGCUAUGAUCUUUCUUCCUAGAGCCCAAUCCUUCAACUUUUAUUCUUGCACAUAAUUCCACUGAAUUUUGACCCAGUAUUUGGCUUCAUUCUCUCCAAAGCUUGGUGUAAACAUGCCUUACAAUAGUUUAUCUCCAUCAAUGAUAGAACAGAGCUACUGCCUUCUUAGAUGUGUGUAGUUAAAAGUCAGUAAGCACAUUUAUAGAAUGUCAUAUUUUCUUCAAAAAACUUUAAUUUGAUAUUUUCAAGUGCACAUGUUAAGUCAUGUGUAUAACAUGCUAAAGUACAUGAAACUGUGAUAAUGAAACUGAAUAAAAUAUUUAAUAAAAUAUUUGAAAUAUUUGAUAAGGACCUUCAAAUAGAUUUCUUUAUGUUCAUUCUAUUUUGGUAAUCUAGUGUGUGCCUGUAAACAGUUUCCCAUUUAAAACUAAUGUUUGCAAAUAAAUACUAUUCAAACAGACCUUCUUUGAUAUUUCACCUGCUUUACUAUCAAAUGAUUGUUUAACAUAUGGCUGAGUUAGCAGUAUUUGCAGAAUUUGUUUUUAGCUACAGUAUGAGUUUUUUGGCUUUUUUUAUACUUAAAAAGAAACAAGCUCGUUUUCCACCUGAAAAUGGAAGAUGCCAAAACCCAGAGAUGGAUCCUCAGAACUGUAAGCUGUAGUUCCCUGUCAGAUCAUCCAUUCAACUUCUACACAGUGACUGUAAAGAUGUCGUAUACUUUGCAAAGAACUUCUGCCCAUUUGUUCUUGCUUACACAUGUCUAUAAUGGGAGCUUCCAUUUUAUUUUUUUAAAACUUCUGAGCCUGGUUCAGCACUGUUGACAUUGUUGGAAAUAUCAAUAGACCCAUGCAAGUGCCCCAGAAUUCAAUGGAUUUGUAUUGGCAUAAAGCUGGAGACUGGGGGACAGAGAGAGCCAGGACUCAGUGCAGUUAGCCUGUGGGAGAAAAGUUUGCCUUUUCUCCUGAGCUUUCCAGGUAUCCACUUUGUGUUUUCUGGAUUUUGUCGUCUUUGCACAACUGGGAAGCUUGUUUAUAGUCCACACAAGUAUAGGAGAGAUCAUCUCACAUGAAGAAGCCCUUGCUAUGUCUUCGGUCUUUGGACUCUAAGAGAACUUACUCAGAAAUGGAUUCUCUUCUGGAAAUGAGUAGCAAGCGUCAUCAAUGUUUAAACAUAAAGGUCCUCACUACUUUGGAAACUUAUUUAAACCAGGACUCUGUUCUGCCCAUAUAUUUUACCCUCUUGAGGCUUAAAAAUUAGACUGUUUGGGAUCUUGUCUUUUCCUGUCCUUGGAUGCUUGAAGCCUCCUUGAUUGCAGUGUAUUUUUCUGAUCACAGAAGACCCAAGUUCAGACUUCAUGAAAGCAGUAGACACCAGUUGUUCAUAUGGGAGCAGAACUCCUGUCUCUGAGUCAAAAGUAGCAGAAGGGAAGCCUUUAGGUUUUUGGUGGUUUUUUUUAACUAUGUGCCAUUUACUCAGGAAAGAAGAAAUGUACACAAUCUUGCACUGCCUUCACUGGGUAUGCGUCAGUAUGUCUGCAAAGAAACACCAGGAGUGGAAGAGCUUCAGCGUUAAAGGCCAUGUAAAGGUCACACUUGGAGAAAAGCUCUGAUUCAGUGAGCAAAAAAAGCUGGAAGAAAUGUUAAGAAAUAGAUAUUCUCUCAGUAUAGUAUGCCCAGUCAAGGACCUUGAAGUCACUAUUCUGUUUUUUUUUUAAUUGAGUUAUGUUAAAACGGUCAUCUUCAUUCCUCGAACUCCCAUCUUUUGUCAUCUGCUUUCAUAUUGUUCUUCCAGCAAAAGACCUGCUGGAUUCAGCUGACUCUCAGUCCAUCUAGAUCUGGUUUGUUACCCAGCUUUCACGUUGCUUCUUGCAGCUGCAUGGCAUUACACUGACACUUUCUUAACUGUCAGGUAAGAUAAAAUUUCCCCUAAUACUUUUGGAAAAACACGGGGUGGAGAAGCAUCAUCAUCCUCCUCAAGCACCAUGCUUCUGCCAGGUGUCCUGACAUUCUCCCCUUAAUGCCAUUUUUGGGUCAUUUUCAUUGUUCAUCCUGGAGUUUUUUAACGUGAAGUUAACCCUGCUUUCAAACAGACUAUUUUCUUCCUACAAUGUGACAACAUUAAGCAAGACACAAAGUAUACUUGAGCCUACCUUAAGGAUGCUAUAUACCAGCUUGUGAAGCUGUCAGUUCUCAGUAGGACACUAGCACUUUGUAACAAAACAUGAGCUGCGAUCCUAUAUCUGCUGCAAAGUUCUGUUUUGUUUUGUUUUCAGAAAUAAAACCUGUAAAACAUAACGCCUACCAUCUAUUCAGUGUCAUCUUUUUGUGGACUGUUCUUGGCACAGCAACAGCAAGAAAUUGAGCUCUAAUAUAGUUGUAUUUAAAAUGUACUUUAGAUCUUCAGCAGAAGUAGGCUAGCACAAGAUGUAGCUGUCUCAAUCCCAGCUGAAACUCCAGUUGAAAUUCCAGCCUAUAUAAAGUAAUACAAAAAGUUUAUUCCAUAUAGAGCACUUCAACCUAUUCAUCAGCACAUGAAACAAGAGGAACUAGUUGAAAUAGACCCAAAAAUCAAACCAGUUGAGUCAGAAUGUCACGCCUAGCACUGAAUUGUAAUUUUCUGAAUGUGAGCACCUAAUACUUUAGUCCACUCUGUAGCAUUUUGUUUAUUACUUUCAUUAUGGUAGUAUUUGGAUAUGGAGAAAUAACACUGAGAGUGUCAGAUGCAUUUAUUACAGUUUGCACACUGAGAAUGCAGGUGUUGCUGUCAAACAUCAUCCACUUUAAGAAAAAAAAAAUGGAGGAAAAAAAAAUGAGCUCUCUGGAGACAUCCUUCCAAUUCAAAAGUAUUUGGAGUACAUCUUAAAGUUAGAUAUAUGGCCUAUCAAAGUCUUUCCAGUCAUGGCAGACUGUCAGGCUCCAGUCAGAUCAAUCUGAGCAUCAGUUCCCUUCCUUCCAAGGUCUGGGUGGGUUCCCUUAAUACCUGGUCAACACCUAGAAUUAUGAUCUCAUUUUAGGAUUUCCUAUUAUGAAAAAUCUUGAUUCUUAGAUGUUUUCAUGAGUGAGACUUUUUAAAUUAUACUGCUGCUUGAGGUCUUAAGACUCAGCAGCAUGUUGCCACAAGUUUCAAGGUCUAGUAUCUCAGAUACCAACCUCAGAAAAUUUAACAUCAUGGAUUUCUGUUCUAAUCAUGGGCCUCUAGAUGCUGCUGUCUUAUCACUGUGGGUUAUUGAAACAUUUUUCCAUCUUUCAGGAGUUAAGGAGAAUUUGGAAGUCAGAUAGUCCAGAUCUGUCAGCAAUUUAAGAUACUUGGUGUUGGUGUCCAUUAAUAGUGGCUUUUGUAAUGCCACUGUCUUUCUGCAGUUCCAACUCUGAGCUCUGCAUGCUAUGGUAAACUUGAGAUCUUGAGUUAGUGUAUUCUCAGUCUUGUGGCUAGUGACAGUGGUUCAGAUGGCUUGCAGCACACCAUUGCCAUUAGCAUAGGUCAGUGUGAUGUCAUCUGAAGGAAAUGCAUUUCAUGUCUCUCUCUGGCAGACAUCCGAGUAGUUCCCUAUUACAUUCUGAGAUGUUCCAUCUAGUUUGGUCCUAGCUGGCUUGGUCAAAGACCCACUCUUGCCUAUGAGUGAACCUUUCCAGGACUCCCAGUUGUGACGUUUGUCAUGAAGCAGGACUCUGGCAGAGGGAGGCUCUUUUGCCACAAGCCUCCCAGCCUCUCCCCUCCAGGACAACAAAGUGUGUCUAUACCACAACAAUUUUGUCCAUGCAGCUGGGACCUCUUGUUGCCCACAGCUGCUCAGAUAUGUUUUUUUGUAAAACAAAAUGAAACAAACCGAGCUGGGAAGUCAACAGUAAAGUUGGACCUUCAUGAGCUUCCAGGUUUCAAUAGGCAGCAUUUUGAGAGUGCAGGGCGUAAUGCGUCUUAGUUAGAGCAUCUAUGUAAAUUGUGCAGAGAUUGAUGGGUUACAGCAACAAAGCUGGGUUUCCUUUUGUUUUGAAGAGCAGUGUUUUCUAAUGGAAGUAAGGUGUCAGGGAAAUUACUGUCACAGCAGAUGGACUAUUUCGUUGUCUUCAAGAGGUUCCAAUUUCAGGAGCAAGGUUUGCCAACUGGUCUAAAAAAAAAAAAACAAAAAACCAAACCAUAAAAAAAAAACCAAACCCACAACCAAAAAAACCCUGCAUUUCUAGUCUGUGUCUUGGAACAAAUGCUGUGUUUACUUCAGUGACUGUAGUGAUAAUUUUUCAGUCAGAAGUAGUAUGUGAGCUACUUGAGGUGUGAUGCAGUUCUAAACCAUCCCAUUUGCUUGUAGAUGACAGAUGUAUUUGGCAUGUGGCAUAAGUGUUGCCAGUGAGUGCUUCCCUGCAUGAACAUCAUAAAUAAUACCAAGUGUUCAUCAUUAUUUUAAUCAGCGCUUAAGAAAAUUCUUCCUGCUGUGUUUCAAGAAAAUAUAUUGUGCUUGGCUGGCACAAGGCAUAGUUAUACUCUGGAAACUAAUGGAGGGAAGCAUUUGCUAUGUGACUGUUUAAUCUCGAUACGUAAUUUUUUUCAAAACAUCUUUACUAGUAACUACCUGUAGUGUACCAUAUUUAGCAUAUGUUAAUUCAGCUGUGGGAUCUUUUGAAGUGAAGAUGACUACUUAAUUCUCAUGCAGAAAUCCAGACCCGCAAGGGAAUCUCUUAGGUAUGGAGGGUUGCUGAAGGAUGCGAACACUGUAUCUCAUCAGACGUAGAACAUACGAGAUGUAUGAUUGCAGACCUACAAGCUAGUCUGUGGGAAGGUACCAGCACAGGUUCACAGUGAAAUUGUGAUGACUUGCAUGAGCAGAAAACGAAAGAGCCUAUGGUUUAAACAUCAGAACAGCAGUAUUUAAAGCUCAUUUGAUUUGCUGAGUCCAACACCUUGUUGUUGGCACCAUGUGCUUUUGCCAGAGGGAGUUUGAGGGUUGCUGUGGCGGGAGGCUCCAUUGCUGUGCUGCUUGUCCUGAGCAUUUGAUGGUGAUUGGUUUUCUGCAACUCAACAUUCUUAACUUAUCCCUGGCUCUAAAGAUGGUCGCGGGUGCCUAGAUCGGUGGCAGCUGUAGUAUAGGGAUACUUGAUGUAAGAGUGUUGCCUACUGACGGGUGUAGCAGCCCCACUGUAGAUUUAAGGCAGUAAAGUGGUAGCCAGUGGUUCUCGAGGUCCUCCAGGAUUGCUGCCUCAGGGUGGCCAAGUGCAGUUAUCACCUGCUUCGGAGGACAGGGUGCGGUGGCAACACUGGCAAGCUUGAGCAGGUCCCUUGCGUGACUGUUGGGCUCAGUGCUGCAGGAGUGCCCAGGGAAAAGGCUGGCUGUCCUUGGGUCCCUGACAGCUUCACUUGGGCCAUGCUCUGGGAACAGCAGAAAUAGAGGGUGCUCAUAAAAAGUCCUUAUAAAAGUGAAGCAGGUUUUUACUCAGUUGCAUCCAUACACACAUAGCAACAGGAUCCAUUCAGUCUUUUAUGGCUUUCAUAUAAAAAUUGCCUGGGAAUACACAGUGUUUGCUGCCAUGAGCUCUGACAGCUGCACCACUUGCGCAGUGUGCACUCUGCACUUCGUUUCUUAUAAACAAGUGAGGGGAAAACAUACCUAUGUUUUACAGAUUUCUGGAUCUACCUGGUGGCAAAAUGUACCUGACAUACCUUGGUCAUCAAGUGGUUGGAAGAACAAUAAUCUCCAGAAUAUCUGUAGGGCUGGGUUCUUAUUUGAGCAUUUUCAAACAGCAUCUAUGCAGAUGUAUUUUUGAAAUAACUGUUUUGUGAGAGUUGUACUCAUAAUACAUGUUUCAUGUGUGAGAACCAUGAAAACACCCUGAGUCAAUAUAAAAGCAGUAGUUUCACAUUCACAGACAAUGUUAAUCUACUACUAGUUUAAAAAACUCUAGAGAAAAAAUAGAUGUGUGCUGUUCCACCUUGGCAAAGUGAUUUUAUAAUGACAGCCAAAGGUUGCCAGCAGGGAUUUAAAAGCAUCUUUAAUAAUGAGAUAAAAAUGUAUUCUUAAAUACAAAUUUCUAGGCUUUUAAACCAUUCAGAAAAUACUCCCAAGUGCUUUGCAAGAUAAGUGAUUUUUUUACUACUUUUUAUUAAUAAAACCACAAAUACAGUUAGUUUAACAAUUUUCAAAUAAAUAGUAAGUGGUGGAUGUCAUUUUUUAGAUGCCACACAUUGCCUCAGACCUAGAUGGGAGCCCCUUGGCAGCACUGGCCCAUCACACUUGGCAGUGCUUGUGGCAGGAUGUGGUGUCAUGUCUGGAAUGUGCAGCUGCCUUCAGCAUCAAACCACCAUCCUAUGAAUCUCUGCCCUUGGAAUUCCAUUGCCAUCAAGAUAGAAGGGGCAUAAAAGCUGUUUAAAAACUAGUUGGGUUUUGUCACUUUUGUCAAAUCUACUGUUCAACUGAAAAUGCUUCAGAUUUGAUAGAGGCAAAUCUCUUCUUGCUGGAAAUUUGGAAUGUCAAGCCUCACUUUCAAAUUUCUCACCUUCCUUUUCAGUCAUCUUGCGUUUCCUCUCUUGAGCAGCUAAAUACUUGAUGGACAUCAGUAGCAAAGCUUCUCACAGAUUUUCAGUAGGACAGGCAGUGCCCCACACCUUCCUGAGCUACUGCAUAACUCUGAAAAACCCACAGAGUAAUUUUUGAAUUUGUGGUAUUUUAACAACAAUUUUCCCCAGCCAUGGCUGUGCAUCAAAUACAGCUUCUGCAAAAAGAUAGGCACAAGGAGGUGGGAUCCUCCAAUGAGGUUGGUAGAGCAGCAGAGCUGGGCUUCCCGGGCCCUUCUUCCGCCCUGGCUUUCUGUAGGAAAGCCCAAGCUGUGUUAGUGUCAGGAACCUGUCAGGCUUUUGAAAUAAGAUAAAUUAUUUCCUUCUCUUAACAGUUUAUUGAGAAUAGAUUCACGGUUUAUGAUGAUUUGGCCCCAUUCAUUUUUCAGUCCAUGGCUUGUUAUAGCAACUAAUGUACCUUGAAGUCACAUGCUUUUUUUAAGAAAUAAAUCAAAACCCCUUUCAGCACUUGAAUAUUAGGCCUAUGACAUUUGUGUUAACUCAUACUGAGCCUUAACUUGUAAAAUAAAACUUACUGCAUUUCUAAAUUUCCUUCUUAGAGGGAAAAAAAAGUCCCCAAACAAUUAUGUUUUCUUCCUCCAUAGUUACUGAAGAAACCUUCAGAUCAUAUAAACAUAAUAUGGGCUUUUCCAGUUACCUUGCCCGUGUAGCCUCGCCUAAGCCAGCAGGUAUGUGUCGGGGAAGCCUGUGGGAUCAGGACCAUGUUUCUAGGAAGCAGCAUUGCCGUCCCUCUGGAGAAGGCACCCUGGCUGUCAGGAAGCACCGCGCAGCAGCCCCGCUGCUUCCAAAGGGAUUGGGGAGGGAGCACAAGGGGGGUGAUGCCAGCUGAAGGGUGCAAAUGGACCCCCACAGCACCCGCGGCAGAAAGCUGCAGUAAGAGUCGCACCUUCAGGAUUCACGUAUCACAGUAAGGGCUGCUGUACUCUGCGUCUCUGGUCAGUCAGAAAAACAUUGCUGUUAAUUUCCUCAUCUUUCACCUACAUCUGUUUGAAAGCUGUCCCAGGCACUUUGCAUCACAGCGCUGGUGUCGGGUGAGCAGGUCUCUGUGGUUUUCAGUUGUUACAGUCGAAGAUUUCACAAUGGCUGUGGCAGCACCGGAUACUUGGCAUUGUAAACUCCGGCCGUCUCCUUGAAAUACUGUGGUGGUGGUUGUCUCAAGGCCCUGUUGCAUGUGGCAUUAUUGCUGGUGCACAGACAUUUUUAUCAUAUUAUUGUUAUGGGGCGUUGAUUUCAUCAAGAAACAUGAAUUCGGGAAGGGUGCCAUAGACUUUUGUCAUUAAAUAUGUCACUACGUAGUCUUUUUUCACCUAUGUGAAAUUUAUAAAUGAGGGAAAAAAAUAAUUCAGAGUGCAGACAAGCCUAUAGGAGAGGCCAGCAUCUCCAUAAAUCAAAUUCUGAGUUUGUGUUUCUAUGGUGAGGGCAGGUCAGCAAGCUGCUAAAGUAACUGUUCACUGCAAAAAUGGUAAACAGAUGGAUUCCUACAGCCAUCCGUAGGUGAGCAUGACAGACCAGUGCUGCUGCUAUUUAUUCUCUUCCUUGCUUUCCCUGUAGGCUGGUUGCUAUUAAUGUUGUUAUAUUAAUCGCACACUGUAAGGCAGCUGAAAGGAGCUCUAUGUGUGGGGUCAGCUUUGGGCAAUCAUACUACAUAAAAUGCAACAUAGCAAAUCAUCAUCACGGUACUUUUGAUACUUCCUGAUGGUGUUUCAUCUCAGUGUUUGUGAGUGACUAUUUAAAAUGUCCCAGGCUCCUAACUUGACUUUUUUUUUUUUUUUUUUUUUUUUUGGUGAGGCAGUCAUGUUUCAUGUAAACCAAGUUAAUUCUUUGGGCUACUUGUAGCAGAUUUUAAAAAACAGCUACUCUUUGAAUUCCCGACCCAUGCAAGCUAUUGGCAAGAACCAGUAGAGGAUAUUUAUAAGACACAGUGGUUCUUGUCAGUAUCGGGUUUUCUUGCUCAUUAUCAACUUGCCAACAGUUCAGUCAACUUUUUUUCAAGAUGACAAAAGGCUGAAGGAAAGCUUUCUGUGGCAGUCUUUGAAAUGUUAGGGUGAACAUUUCUUUGCAUUCUUCUUGAUUUGCUGCUCCCUGGUUGUUUUUUUUUCAAAGGGGGGGGGGGGACUGUAAAAGUAGACAGUCUUUUGACGGUUUCUGAGGAAGAUGUAAGCUGAUUCUAAUAGGAUGUCUGAAGAGCUUGUGUGUGUUCCUGGACAAACAGCAAGCCAAGGCAGAAAACCAAGCAGCCAGUCAGGAUAUUAAACACAUCCUGGGUCAUGGCAGGAUGAGAUCUUGGCAGUAUUUACUUGGCACAGAAUCACAGAGCCAAAAGGGACUUGAAGACAUCAGCUUCUCUGAGACUUCUCAGAGAGUUUCUCUGCCCUAAGGCAGGUUAAGCUAUACUUAUCACAUACCUGAUGAGUGUGUGUUGAUCCUGCCCUUAAAAGCCUUUCUUGACUAUUUUUUCUUUUUGAGGGUGGUUUAUUCCCCCGGUGCCUAAGUACAGAAUUUAGGGUAUAGGAGAAAAAGACAAUAUCCUCAAAAGAUGCUAGAGAAGCAUUUUAGCUGUUUUUAUAAAUGCAGCCUUAGAAAUAAUGAUCAGAUAAAAUACAAGACAAGAUUUUCAAAGAGCACCAGCCCAACUUUACUGCUAGCCACAGGAUUCCUCCAUGCCUUUGAAAAUCUCUUCCUUCUAAUUGUGUGUCAGGUUGACGGUUAAUAGCCAUAUCAGGGAGGUUCCGAGAGACCUUUCUCCUUGUGCUGUGUUUUCUAUCUAGCAGAUGCCUUUAUUUUUUUUUUUUUACAGAGUUCCGACAGUAAAAAAACAGAAAACCAAACCAAACCAAAAAUAAAACCAAAAUAGCAACCCAGCUUGCAAGAUUUUUCCUCAGUACCCUUUUCAGACACUACAAGUCCUUCAUUAAAGCCAUAUUGCAAGGAGGAAAUCAAAAGAGAGCAGCAUCCAUUUCAUUAGGUAGUGCUUGUGCCAGCCAUGCUGAGAGGCUGGUGAGCUGGCGGGUGCCAGAGCUUGCCCUCACUCUACAGCCAUCCUCUCAGCUGCCCCACAGGCUUGGAAGCGGGGUUUUUCCUGGCUGUCCUCGGGUGGGAUGCUGCUGGCAAUGCAUUGCGUGUGCUUUCAGUGAGGUGCUUGCCUGGCGGCUGAUGCAGCCUCUCCCCAGGAAAUGUGGGAAAAGCUGCCCGUGAUGGUGUCAGCCACGCAGGGACCAGAACAUCCCUAGGUCUACGCUUUGGGACAGGGACUCAUGGCUGUACCUACAAUAUGCUCUCCAGCUCCAAAACCAGGACCAGUGGAAUAAUUCUGAAACACUUAGGAGACUAAUGGAGCGAGUCUGGUGUGCUAGCAAGAGCAGCCUGCUCCCUUGCUGACGGUGUGCUGAGUUACCUGGGGCGGUGCCACAGUUUAUCGAGGAGUCUUCAGUGAGACAGACUCUGCUUUUCUCCAUGCAAAAUACCCAGUACUGGGAACAUGCAUCCAGUGGGGCAAGCAAAGGGGAAGGCACAUCCCUCAAGCAAGGGGUGUAAUAGCUUUCAUUUUCUACCUGUUCUAGGCUGUAGAGAGGCUCCCUGCCUGCGCUCCUGGUCACUGUGCCUGGCACCAGGGCAGGGUUUUGCUGUGCUCAGUGGAAAUCAUAGGCUUGCAAGAAAUGGGUUGGCAAACCUCUUCGACGCUGAUGGUCCAGGCACCAGGCAAAGGUCAGCCCAGCUGUACCAGCAUGCUGCUGGGACCUAGCCCCAUGUCUCACCAGCCCCACUCUUCUGUGCAGCCCCAUGCAGCUCAGAGGUGGGGGGAGGCAACAGCCAAGCCCCCUGGUUCCAGCAGCAAGCGGUGUUAGCACCUUCUGCAAGGCAUGGCAGCCCCUUGUUGGCCCCACGCUGCCAUGGCAGGGGCUGGCAGCACCGCUGAGGGCUGCACAGGGUGCUGGGGUGCUGCUGAGCACUAGCUGUGCAUGUCUGUGGCAGCAGAGGUGGCCCUGCAGGUGCUGCUGGAGGGGUGCAGUGCCCAUCAGUUGCUGUUGUGGUCCCAAGGCUCCCUUUAAGCUGCUCCAUGUGGUGGUACAGACCCGGUCACUGACACCCAGGGAGGCACAACAAAUUAAAACAGGGACUGGGUGCUGUAUUGAAGAGCUGAAAUUAAGUGAUACCAUAGGCAGGACACGAAGCAGAGGCCCCAGAAACAUUGGCCACCUAUGGGUGCUCGUUGGCCCAGUUAUGGGCAUGGAUAUGGCAAGGGACCCAAGUCCAGAUCCAGUAAGAGCCUUUGACAUAACCCAGUACAAAGGGUACCAACCAAAGGCUGAGUUUUUAAGGGCAGUAUCUCCACAGACAACCUCCUGCAGUAGUUGGCAAUCUCAGAGUGUCAAGAAAAAAAGCAUUUAAUGGCUAAAAAGGAAAUGGGUGCAACAGAGCAGUUCAGAAAAGGCAAUUUCCUCAACAAUCUUGUGAGUGGAAGAAAUGGCACUUUAAAAGGGGAAAUGAAGGGUGUGGAAGGGUUGAACUGAUGUUCCCCAAGCCCAGUAAUCACCCUGGCAAGGAUGGCCUAGUGCUAGGAGCUUUUGCCUCCUGGUUUCACACACAAACUAUAAAAUAACAAUGGAUGCCUGUCAAACUGCACUUCAGUUGCAAAUUAACCAAUAUGUUCAGCAGUCCCCAGCUUUCAUGACUGAUACCAUCUUCAGCAAUGCCUGGAGAAGGAAAAGUGUUUUCUUCCGUGUUUCACAGUUUCUCUCCUGCUCUGAAAGACUCUUAAUCCCUCAUGCUCCCCUGAUUUCCUUGCUCCUGCUCACCCUAGCAACCCUACCCAAGAUAAGCAAAAAUAGGUUGUGGUGGAGUCAAAAGUGACAAAAAAGGCUGCACUUCGCAGCAGAUCAACUGGAGCAAGACUUCCAAAGUACAUACUUUUCCUUCAUAGACAAUAAACCACAUAAGCAGACAGUAAGGAUUAAUCUUUAGUUGAUUUUAUAUCCAAUGUAAGUGCAUCUCUCUUAAAAUUUGCCUUUUUAUUUCUCCUUCCUAGUGUAUUGGGGUGAUUCUCAUAUUUUCCCUGCUGUUGAGUAUCAGCCUGUGCUUUGAGUCCUGUAGAGCUGAACAGGAAUUACUAACAGAA